AUGAAGCGCAACUUCAAUCUGUGGUCGUUGCUCUUCAUGUCGUUUUGUACCAGCGUCACCUGGGAAGCCCUUUCGUCGACAAUGGCUCAGGCUCUCACGUCUGGCGGAAGCUCUAGCCUGGUUUGGGGCUAUGUUGCCUCUGCUACGGGUGCUAUGCUUAUUGUGGUCUGCAUGGCCGAGUACGCAAGCAUGAUUCCUACAGCCGGUGGCCAGUAUCAUUACGUGGCUGAAUUGGCCCCCAUGAAAGUGCGGAGAGUCUUCUCUUGGUAUGCUGGCUGGCUCACAAUGAUGGGCUGGAUUCUGUGUGCGACUGCGGGCAUAUUCGCAACGGCCAUGUCGAUUCAGGCCUGGGUGAUUUUGUUUUCAGACACCUAUGUAUACCAGAGAUGGCACACGAGCCUGAUUGCCAUCGCAUUUACGACGUACUAUACCCUGUUCUCGAUCUUCCAGCUCAAGUACUUGCACUACUUGCUGUUUUUCGCCAUGUUCGCACACGUUGUCGGAUAUUUUGCCACCUCCAUCUACCUCCUUGUGCACGUCAAAGAGAAGAACACGGCGUCAUAUGUUUUUACAGACUUUACCAAUCUCAGUGGCUGGGACAGCUCUGCAGUCUCUUGGUCCAUUGGCCUGCUUUCUUCUUCGAUUGGGUUUGUGAAUUGGGAUAGCUCACUUCACAUGGCUGAGGAGAUGAAGAAUGCUUCCCGUGACCUUCCACGGACGAUUCUGGCCACCGUCGGUGUUAGCGGAAUCGUAACCUUUCCAUGGGUGAUUGCAGUGGCCUUUUGCAUCACCGAUAUCCAGGGCGUUCUUGGCGGCCCCGUUGGGCUCAUCAGCCCCAUGGCUCAACUGUACUACAACGUGUCUGGCGGGAGCCGAGCCGUGACGAUCGGAAUGACAUGCUUCCUCCCAGUUCUUGGCUUCUGUGGUACAGGAUCCAGCAUCAUGUCUUCCACGUCGCGCGUCGUGUGGGCAUUUGCCAGAGAUGGAGGUCUUCCUCCGCGCUUUGCUCAUAUUGGCGAACGCACCAAAGCCCCUACUGCAGCUCUCGUUCUGACCUGGGCCAUCAUUUCCGCCAUCUGCCUGAUUUACAUCGGCAACGCUACCGCAUACUACGGUGUCUCAUCGGCUUGUACAGUUGCGCUCAUCCUCUCCUACGCAUUCCCGCUGCUGAUCAAUGCUGUUUGGGGCUUCCAAUACUGCAAUAUUCCCCGCGGAUCCUAUUCCCUAGGCCGUCUCCAUCGCCCAAUCGCAGCUGUUGCACUGGUUUGGUGCACCUACAUUUCCAUCUUCAUGUGUUUUCCCACUUACUACCCAGUGACCAAGGACAACAUGAACUACGCUUCGGUAGUGCUGCUGGCAGGCAUGGGGAUGGCCACAGUGAGCUGGUUCGUGUACGGAAAGUCGCGUUACGUCGGAGUCACGCAGAAUCUCGAGGGACAUUGA